ACUGAUUGCAAAUACGGAAAUACAGUGAGAUAAGCAGGGCGUCCGCGUACUUUUACUCCGUCUUUUAAUUGCAUGCAGUGUGUGCGUCUUUGGUGAAAAGCAGACAUUGCACGUAAAGUACACCUCCGGGUUGUGUGUAAGAUUCUUCUUCUCUCCUUCUAUGGAUUUAUUGCCGCUUCUGUCAUGGGCCUGCAUCGUGUUCACAGUCGGGAUGUUCUCGACUGGACUGACCGACCUGAAGAAGAUGAGAGAAUCCAAAAGUGCUGACAACAUCCAGUUUCUCCCCUUCCUCACCACAUGUCUUAAUAACCUGGGCUGGUUGUAUUAUGGGAUUCUGAAGAAGGAUCAGACGAUCAUCCUGGUCAACGUCAUCGGAGCUCUACUCCAGAUCCUCUACAUCAUCGUGUACCUCCACUACACCACGCAAAAGAGGCUGGUGAUGUCCCAGACUCUAGCUGCAGGGGCGGUGCUUACCUGCGGUUGGUUCUACUUCACAACAGUUCUUCCCGAGGGAGAGACUCAGCUCAGCCAGCUCGGCCUCACGUGUAGCGUGGUCACCGUCAGCAUGUACCUGUCCCCGCUCACCGACCUGGUACCUGCUCACAUCCAGUACACACAGACAGCAUGUGUAAAGUCAAAUGAAAAACAUAAGGAGACAAGAAAGACAAGAAAGAUUCUUUUAUUGUAAAAGAAUAUUUAUUAACAUGUGACUGUAUGAAUAAGAAUGUGGAAAGUCUUUGGCGAUUAGACCCCGUAGAGAUGGUUUGAUUAAAGGAGGGUGAUGAAUCCAUAGUCGAAU